AUGAGGACUGGGGUGGCUCAGGGGUGGCUCCAUGCUGACUUCAGCCGGUUCCUCUCUGGCUGUUUGUGCCUGGGAUAUCUCCCGCCACAGCGCUACACACGCCCCUCUCUGCCCCGGGACGGCCCCCCUCUCUCUGACGAGCUCCGACUCUGCUCUAUAAAAGCGGCAGCUUUUCCCUUUGCCUCAGUAUGUUUGUGUCUUAUUGAUGCCACUCUGGAGGUCAGCGCAAUGUGUAAAACCAUGGCUGCUCACAAACAGAUCCUAGGCACCCUGGGAAAUGGGCCGACCCGGAGGACCCUCUUUGGGCCGGUGGACAGAGAGCAGCUGCAGUUGGAGUACCAGGCUGCUCUGUGGAAAGAUCUGGAAGAAGCCUCCAAGCGCUGGGGCUUUGACUUCCUCCGAGACAAGCCCCUGAACAGCAGCACAUUUCAGUGGGAGGGUAUCCCAGCCUCUAAGGUGCCUCUUCUGUACCGCUCCUGUAUCCUGGGACAAGCAGAUGGAGGCCAUACAGCAUCAGCAGUUUCCCACAAGAGAGGAUGGGCAGAGACGUCCCACUGUGACAAGGAAAACAUCCCACACUCCCCAGAGAGAUGUUCACUACACAUGGAGAAGUUCGAACAAACGCCAGAGCGAGGCGAUUGCAGAGGCCUCAAGCGGAAGCAAACUAAUAUCAAAGAUUUCUUCCAAGCAAAACGACGAGUAGUUGAAAAGCCACGGAAAUCUGGGGAGUGA